AUGACAACUGAUCCAGUCACAAAAGGAGCUUCCCCGAUGGCGUCCGACAAGAUCACCCUACAUGUUAUCUCCCCUUCAAUCCCCGCCCCAGGGCGAUUUACGCUUCACGAUCAACCACUCUCGGACACCGUUGCACAAAUCAAGGCUCGCAUUACACAGUCUCUCCCAAGUCGGCCGGCCCCGACACAACAGAGAUUGAUCUACCGGGGCAAGCCUUUGACUGAUGAUCGAGCGAGCUUAGCAUCUGUCCUGGGGCCUAUCGAUGUGAGUAUCCAGGUUCUUAUCAUUUACCACUUACCAUGCUAUGUUGAUCUAACAGCGCCGACUCUAGGGAUCCCCAUGCUCAAUUCACCUUGUCCUGCCUCCAGCUCCAACUCCCACCAUAACCUCCUCAACGCCAAGCGCAGCAAAUGUACCAUCGCACUUGAACCAAUACGUGUCAUCGACCGGCGUGGCCCCUCAACCGGCAACCUCGACACAGGGAAUUCGAUACCGGGGGCAGGCGCCUCUUUCCUCGAACGUCAUUGGACACGGCUCUCAAGACAGAUCGAAUCAUAUUCGGAGCGAGCUAGAUGCGAUGUUAGAAAGAUGGCGAGCCACAGCUCCCUCAAGCUUGGACCAGACUAG